UCUACUUAGGUACCUAUUAUGUUAUGAUGUAAACAAAAUGACAAGAGAACAGCUGAUAAAACCAUAGGAUAAAACUAUAAAUUGAUAUACAUUUUAUUUUGUAAUAUGUAUUUUGUGUCGAUUUCGAUAUAAUUCCUGCAUUCGUUUUGCAAUGUUUAAUACUUUAGUAUUCCUAUUGUAAGUGUGUAAAUAUUGUAAGUCCAGUAAAGAAUAUACGAAUAAAAUUAAGUGCUGUUUGAAACACUUAAAAAUCAGAUAUAGGCCUAGAACAAUAUCAAUAAAAUGAGUUAUCAAUGUGCUGAAACGACAGUUGAAGAAGAUUUCUUUAUGAAAAAAUUUAAGUAUUAUAAGGCGAAUAAGCCUAAGCCAUCGCUCAGUGCAGUUUUAUUUCCAGAGAAUGUGGAUAAACAGGAUGAGAUUGUACCUACAAUGCCAAACAAUGUACACGAAGAUCCGAGGACACGGUUUUUGGGUCUAAAAACCACUAAAGAGUGGCAAACAUUUUAUUUCUCAAAACACCCAGGUUUAAUACUAAUAAAAAACCCAUUUACAAGCAUUGGUCAAAGAUACUGGAUCAGAAAAUGUUUAGAAAUAUAUCCAAGGAAGCCAAACAAAGUUAAUAUUGAUAUAGAGUUGAGUUUAAAUGAUUGGUGGCAAGAAUGUUUUAAAAAUGGAGAGUGUAAUAAACAAUUGACGAAAAAACUACGAUGGACAACAUUAGGAUAUCAUCACAACUGGGAUACAAAAGUGUAUACUGAAGAAAACAAGACACCAUUUCCAGAGGAUUUGAGUGAGCUCUCUGAUGUUGUUGCAAAAUACCUUGGGUAUAGCAGUUUUAGAGCCGAGGCUGCUAUUGUUAACUACUAUCACAUGAAUUCUACUCUGUCUGGACAUACUGAUCAUUCUGAAGUUAAUUUAGAACACCUUUAUUCUCAUUCAGAAUAUGAUGAACAUAUCCAAUAUGAAGUAUAUCAGAUAUAUAAAGCUGCAAUAACCUAA